AUGUCUGCCCCGUACUACGGCAGCAAUUCUCCGGAGGCGUUUCGCCAUGACCCUAGAGGCGACCGCGAUCGUAGAGCCUGGGGUGCUGGCGAUCCACGUGAUACCUCUCGCGGAAGAAUGCCGUCUCACGAAUUACACGAGUCGAGCUAUGGAAGACUAAGGGACGACGAAUACACUGCUGAAGGAGGCAGACGCCCAAGAUCUCCAGGACGUCGUCGACCACCACCACGUUCGCGUUCCCCGCCAAACAUCGAUCGCUAUACACCGGGAAGUGGCGGUGGACCACCAGGAAGAUAUGCUGGUGGCGCUGGGGCCGCUGGGGAUGUGUACAUUCCGGGACAAGGCCCUCAAGGAUACGCUGGUGCUCCGCCAAUUGGCCGCGGUGAAGCUGGCGGUGCCAACGGCGACCGAUACAUGCCGGCGAACAUUAGCGGACAUGGUCCAUAUCCCGCUGGUGGUGGCGGUGGGGGGAAUGCCAUGGCGCCCAUCUUACUAGAUCCUCAUGGCUUUGACUACCUCGUCCCUUAUACUUAUUUUAAUGAAUGGUGGAACGGUACGCCAUUGUCCGCGCCUUCAAAAUCAAAGUAUGCGACGGAUGUGACAAUGAAGGAGAAGUACGAAGCGUACAAGGACGGAUUGAAUGGAAGAGUUGCAAAGUUGUUUGUGAAGAGCCACAAAGAUGAGGAGUGGUUUAGGGAGAGAUAUGUCGAAGGAGAAGGAGAUGAAUGGAGGGCCAAGACUCUGGAGUGGAGGAAGGGACAAUGGAAGAUUUGGGCUGAGGAGUUGAAGUCUGGAAGGUGGGACAAUUGGCUUGCUGAUGCAAAAGAAGGUGUUAAAGUCAACAUCUCGGCUCCACCAAAUGGUAAGAGCGAGCCAAACGGAAGCAAAGAGGAUGACCCAAUGGAGGAACCGAGUGAAGAUGUCCUUCCGGCUGUAUCUUCUGGAACUGGCGCCCUGCGAGACGAUUCCCUCGACCGUCCUGCGUUGUUGAUCAAAACUGUUUCUCCUACUGUGAAGAGACAAAAUUUGGAGAAGCUCGCAAUGACUGUCCAAGGCUUCCAGUACCUCUCUCUUGGAGACCCGAACCCGAAUAAGAAGUUUCAUCGUAUCGGAUGGAUCCUGAUUGACCCUGCGAGUGUUAGUGAGGAUUCUGUGGAAAAGGCGGCGGCGCUCCUUAAUGAGGAACGCAUCCAUGACGAGGAAAAGGGCGAUUUCGUGGUUCAUGUUGGGGUUCAUAACCCUCCAAAAGUUCUCACUCGAAAGAUGCUCCACGAUAUCAUGAGUGUUCCGGAGGAAAUCAUCAGUGAGGUUGACCGCGUCAGAGCUGUCGUGUUGAAAUUGGAGCAGGCUAUGAACAAUAACAUGGAUGAAGACAUGAUGUUGGAUGAGAACGGUGAAUUGGCGGGCUAUCGAGGUUGGGAUUUGAUUCUCGGCAAGGUCGAUGAGAUCAUGGCUAGAAGGAUGGCAGAGAAGGCAGCCAACGAACCAGAAGAAGAACCCGAAGACGGCGAGGCUGAAGAUGACCUACCCUCCGAUGAGGAGCUAGAGAGAGCCAAACGUACUAUCGACAUCGCAGUCGAGUACCUUCGCCGGGUUUUCUCUUUCUGCUACUACUGCUUCACCGAAGCAGAUUCGAUCCACGAGCUGGUCCGCAGAUGCCCUGGAGGACAUAUUCGACGGCCUUUGCCCGCCAAUACGGAUGGCACCGCUAAACAGCUACAUCCUGGCUCAGAGAAAUGGGUAAAGAAUCUCAGAGACAGGAUCACGUUGUUCCUAACACCGGACUCAAUCGAUACAAGGAAACUGGGGGCUCAAGAUCCAGAAACCGCGUUCAACGACGAAACCAACAAAUUCGUCAAACAAGAGGAUGAGGGCAAGUUCCGUUGUCGUGUUAAGGACUGCACCAAGCUUUUCAAGUCGGAGGAGUUCGUUCGAAAACACAUGACCAAGCGCCACCCGGAGUUUGUUGGUGCCAUUGAGCAGGAGAUCAAGCUAUUGAAUGCCUAUGUGAUGGAUCCUUUCCAUAUCACCGCCCCGAAGCCAGAAGGUGGCGUUUCGGGAGGUAGUGGGAUCGGGCUGCCACCUAGGCCCGGCGCAGGAAUGGAUAGUAGGAACGUUAUGGGACCCUAUCCUUACCCGGCAGGACAAUACCCUGAUCCUUAUGUUGGCGGAUUGGGGCCUACUCCUGCGGGAGUUGAUCGAUAUAUUCCUGGAAUGGGAGGUCGCCCUGGGUCACCGAGCAGAGGUGGCGGGGUCGGACCACAGAGGCGACGCGGCGGGAUGCAGGGAAAUUCUAGACCGUCGCCUUACCCAAGACCUGGCGGUCGUGAUACAAGGGACAGAUCGGAGAGGGAAAGAGAGCGUGAAGGGCGAUUCCAGGCGGCCAUGGCGGCUGGUGGUGGAGUUUCCGCGAAUGGCACACCUAGUGCAGGUGCCACUCCUGGAAAGGAUGACCCUGGUGCCGCUGGGCGAAGUUUGAAGAGCUAUAUGGAUUUGGAUGCAUCUGCUGGAAAGGAAUCGAAGGUAGAAGAGCUGGACUAUUAG